UUUAUUUUACCAAGCAGAAUUCACUCAGUCAGCGAGCACCCGCAGCGACGCAUUAUGUUUCGGUAAUCAGAAUUUCAACGUAGCACAAUUUCUUACUUUUCGUCUCUAACAAUAAGUUAUACUAUCACAUUGUUUGACUCCUUUGAUACACUAGGGAAAUGGCAUCAAUAGAAGAAAGCUGGAAAGAAGCAAUUGAUGGAUUAAAUAGUGAUGUCUGUGACACAUGGUUCACAAAAGUACAGGAAGCUUAUUCAGAAGAAAAACGUACUUAUCAUAAUCUAGAUUCUCUUCAUGAUAAAUUGAAUUGUUAUUAUGAAAUUAAGAAUAACUUGAAGAAUCCUCAAGCUGUGCUUCUUGCCUUAUUUUUUCAAAACUUUGAAUAUGAUCCCAAAGCUUUAGAUGGUGAAAACAAGAAUUUGGAGCAUUUUAAUGCAUUUGCAGAUGAAGUUGAAAUUCCUGCUGAUGCACAAUUAAGAGAAGAAGCUUGUGAACUUCUGAAAGUAGCUGCAACACAUAGUACUGAUGCACAUAAAAUUGGUGGUGCCUUUGGCGGUGAAGAUGCUCAUUACUUUUUAGAUUUGGACAUGGCUGUGUUAGGAUCUUGUCCAGAAAGUUAUGCAGAAUAUAGAGAAAAAAUACGUGGAGAAUAUUCUUUUCUUAGUGAGCCAAUGUAUACUGCAUUACGUUUAAAGGUACUGCAGAACUUUGUGCAGAUCCCAAAUAUUUUUGCCACAAAGGAAUUUCGAGAAAAAUAUGAAGAGCAAGCACGACAAAAUAUUCAAGCUGAAGUUGAAUUGUUGUCUUAGGAUAAUUAAUGAAUUUUAUGCAUGGGAAGAUGUAUCUUUAUGAAGUCUUUGUUACCAAAUAUGUUUAUUACUUAAUUAAUUAAAAAGGAAGAAGUAAGGUUCCAAUUGACACAUAAUUCUUUUAAUGUGUCAGUAGACUUUGAUCUCCAUGUAGAGUAAAGUAGCACAAGCCUAUAUUUUGUGUAUUAGUAUUUAAAGUGAUGGAUGUCAACAGACAUCAUACAGAAGUGUAAUAUAUUAUUAAAUAAGAAGUACAUUCAUGUCCCACAUUUAGUAUUAAAAUUAUAUGAUAGAGUCUGUUUCAUUAAAUAAAAAUAAUUCUCAUAAUAAAACAAAUUAUAAAGCUCUCAUUUCCAAUGCUAAAUCUUAGGCAUGAAUGUAUAUCUUUCUGUGCUAAAAUUAUAUUCUGAUAUUGUUUAAAUGUUUCUAUGUUUAUUUAUUUUUUCUAUGCUUUCAUUUCUAACACAUAUUUGUUUCAACAAUAAAAUGCUAAAAUUUAUUUACCAAUGCUUUUUAUACUAAAAAUACAUAAAUAAAUUUUUAAACAUUAAAAUAUAUGUUUGUGUCUUGGUGAUUGCUUCUAAUUAAAGUUACACAUGUAUAAUAUUUGUAAGUGAUAUGAAAUUUGUAUGUAUUCAACUAAUAAGCAAAUUUUAAAUAUUGUUAUAUUGAAUUACAUAUGAAUUAAACUCACAGUUGUAAAAGUAACAUAAUGUAAAACGAAGCCAAAGAACUGUCAAUCUGUCGUAUAAUCCAAUUUAUUUUAUUUAACUGAUUAAAUUGAUGUAAAACUUUAAAUAUGUUAUUAUAAAAAAUAUAUGAAUAUUUAUGUAUUAUUUGA